AUGGCAACAAUCACCACAGAGUCCAAAAAUCAGGUAGCUACCUCCGGUUUAGAAGCACAAGAAGAUCAAGUUGCACCGGUAGAUGAAGGAACUUGCGCUUGGACUGUUGUUGUCGGAGCUUGGUGCUGUCUAUUUUGUGCCUUUGGCUGGGUAAAUGCAAUUGGAAUUUUCCAAGAAUAUUACCAGAACAAUCAGUUACAUUCCUACUCCGCAUCGAGCAUCUCUUGGAUCCUAUCUUUGGAGCCAUUUGUACUUUUUGCGGCUGGUCUUGUCACUGGAAGACUAUUCGACAAUUAUGGCCCCAAAUGGCUUCUUCUCGUUGGCACUUUCCUGCACGUCUUCGGUCUCAUGAUGACCUCCAUUUCAACGGAGUAUUACCAGUUCUUUCUCGCACAGGGUAUCUGCAGCCCACUCGGUGCCAGUUUUGUCUUCUCGUCCGCGCUUUCAUGUACAGCAACAUGGUUCGUGAAUCGACGUGCCUUGGCCUUUGGAAUCGUUUCUAGUGGCUCGUCACUCGGUGGAGUCGUUUUCCCGACUAUGUUGUCGCGACUCUUGCCCAGUAUUGGGUUCGGGUGGUCUCUGCGUAUCUCCGGAUUCAUUGUGCUUGCGCUGCUUAUCGUCGCCAAUCUGACCGUUCGGUCGAGGAUUGCGCCUGUGUCGCGGAAGGUCACGCUUAAUGACUAUAUAGGUCCCUUCUCGGAGGUACCGUUUGUUUUGCUUAUGCUGGCAUCUUGCUGUGGGUUCUUUGCUAUGUUUGUCCCGAUCAAUUAUAUCAUUCUAGAGGCUCAAGAUAAUGGAGUCAACCGCGACCUAACUGGAUAUUUGUUGACUAUACUUAAUGCUGCCAGUCUCCCUGGACGAAUCCUACCAGGCUAUAUAGGGGACAAACUUGGCCGCUUCAACGUUAUGAUCGCCAUGUGCUCCCUGUCCGCCAUUGUCAUUAUGGCUCUCUGGCUUCCAGGGACUCUUCUCUCUCCGGGAAGCGCGGCAGUUUACAUCAUCUUCAGCAUGCUGUAUGGAUUUGCAUCGGGUGCCUUUGUCGGGAUGGUACCCGCCUUGUUGGGCCAAAUCUCGCCCGAUGUAACCAAGAUCGGUGUUCGUCAAGGCGUCUUGUUUGCUUGUAUCAGUAUCGCAUCGCUCACGGGAAGUCCCAUCGCUGGGGCUAUUUUAAAUCGACAAAAUGGGACUUACUGGGGAUUGCAAGUAUUCGCAGGUGCCAUGAUGGCCACAAGUGUGUUUUUCUUCAUUGCGGCCAGGGCCGUCCUGGCAGGCCUGUCUCUCACAAAAAAGGUUUAA